AUGCAUGGAAAAAUUAUCUAUCAACAUAUAGGUGAUUGGGUUUCUCCCCCAGAACAUUCAGAGGAUAAUUCCAAAGUUAGUCCACUCGUCGCUGUUAUUGCAAUUGGAAGUAUCUUUCUCCUUCUCACGAUCUCCAUUCUAGUCAUAAUUAUAGUAUUUCUCCGAAGAAAAUACAAAAAAGAAUCGCGAAAUCUAUAUGGCGAAAUAAAUUUCGAGACGCGAGGAGGAGAUGUCUACAUUAACCCGUCCAGUGAAUGGCGAUGCAGUCUGGAUUCGGAUAGUUUCGAGGACAUGUCAGACGUUUCUAUGGAAAUAGAGGUUGAUGAAGAAACAGAAGGAAGGAUUGACCAGGCAACAAGUGGUUGGGUUGCCACUAACUCUCAUCUCUGUCCAAAACACUCGAGAAUUCUCCGAAUUGAAGGCUCAGAGAUAAGAACAGCGACGUGCAUUCACCAAGUUUAA